AUGUACUCAUCAGCACCACCACUGCCGCCUGCAUGUACUCCUCCACAGCAGCUGGAGUUACCUCCUUCACGGCCGGUUUCAUUUCAUGGAAAAGGCAGAAACACUUGUGUCAUAAUCAUCGUUGUUGUUGUUCCAAUCAUUGUUCUUUUUCUUGUGUUCUUAGCUGUUUUUAUUAGUGUCCGGGCUAAGAAAACAAGGACGACUUAUGAGAGGGAGCUACCUACUGAAGAAAGGGAUGAUAUUACCAAUGCAGGCUCACUUCAGUUUGACUUUAAGGCAAUUGAGGUAGCAACAAAUAGGUUUUGUGAGACUAACAAACUUGGUCAAGGUGGAUUCGGUGAAGUUUACAAGGGUAUAUUUCCUAGUGGAGUACAUGUUGCAGUGAAGAGGUUGUCCAAGACAUCAGGACAAGGUGAAAGGGAGUUCGCAAACGAAGUUGUUGUUGUGGCAAAGCUUCAACAUAGAAAUUUGGUAAGACUGCUAGGGUUUUGUUUGAAAAGAGAUGAGAGGAUACUUGUCUAUGAGUUUGUUCCCAACAAAAGCCUCGACUACUUCAUUUUUGACCCGACGAUGCAAAGCCAGCUAGACUGGACUAGGCGAUACAAAAUCAUUGGAGGAAUUGCUAGAGGGAUUCUUUAUCUUCAUCAAGAUUCACGACUUACAAUCAUACAUCGUGAUCUCAAAGCAGGUAAUAUUCUCCUAGAUGCCGAUAUGAACCCGAAAAUCGCCGACUUUGGAAUGGCGAGAAUUUUUGGAAUGGAUCAAACGGAAGCCAAUACAAGGAGAGUAGUUGGUACAUAUGGCUAUAUGUCUCCCGAGUAUGCAAUGUAUGGCCAAUUCUCCAUGAAAUCAGAUGUGUAUAGCUUUGGGGUCUUAGUUCUUGAAAUUAUAAGUGGUAAAAUGAACAGCAAUCUCUAUCAAAUGGAUAAUGGUCCUGGCAAUUUGGUUACAUAUACUUGGAGAUUAUGGAGCAAUGGGUCACUGUUAGAGCUCGUGGAUCCAUCGUUUCAUGAUAACUAUCGAAUAAAAGAAGUUUCAAGAUGCAUCCAUAUCGCUUUACUAUGUCUUCAAGAAGAAGCUGACGACCGUCCAACAAUGUCAGCUAUUGUCCAGAUGCUAACUACUAGCUCAAUGGCUCUCGCUGUUCCUCAACGACCAGGUUUUUUCUUCCGGAAUAAAUAUGAACAAGGAGGACUAGUGGAUCUAUCUAUCAAUACGUCCGCUCUUUGUUCCGUGGAUGAUGCUUCUUCCAUUAUUACUCAAGUAACUCCUCGUUGA